UCCUCCAUCACCAGUGUGGCAACAUGGCUACUAAGCAGACCGAGGAUGCACCCAGGGACAUGACUGACAAGAGCCGAUGCAGCGGACUCAUGGUGAGGAUCAGGAAGUUCAACCCCAGGGAAGUUUUCACCUGGCAGCUGGCCAAGACGUUGGCCAUGGGUCAGGGCCUGGCUGGGCUCAUCUGUGGGACGGCCAUCAGUUCCCAGUACCUGGCCACAAGCUUCCAUGUGAACACACCGAUGCUGCAGAGCCUCCUUAACUACACCCUGCUGUGUGUCACCUACACCACCAUGCUGCUCUGCAGAACAGGGGAUGGCAAUAUUUUACAGAUACUGAAGAGGCGAUGGUGGAAGUAUCUUCUGCUGGGACUGGUGGAUGUGGAAGCCAACUAUGCUGUGGUUAAAGCCUACCAAUAUACCACUCUGACCAGUAUACAGCUGCUGGACUGCUUUGUGGUCCCAAUCCUGAUGAUCCUGUCCUGGUGGGUUUUGAAGGCACGCUACAGGCCAAUCCACUAUGUAGCCGUCUCCAUCUGUCUCCUUGGGGUAGGGGCCAUGGUGGGAGCUGACCUGCUGGCUGGGCGAGACCAGGGCUCCACCUCAAACAUCCUGCUCGGCGAUGGUUUGGUGCUGCUCAGUGCUUCACUCUACGCUGUGUCUAAUGUGUGUCAGGAAUACAUGGUAAAGAACCACAGCAGGGUGGAGUUCCUGGGCAUGGUCGGCCUCUUCGGCACAAUUUUCAGCACCAUACAGAUGGUGAUCCUGGAACGUAAUGACGUUGCUGCCAUCCAGUGGAGCUGGCAAGUCGGGCUCCUGUUCUCUGCAUAUGCGCUGUGCAUGUAUGCUCUGUACAGCUGUAUGCCCAUAGUGAUAAGACUGAGCAGUGCCACCUCCGUCAACCUCUCCCUGCUCACUGCCGACCUCUUCAGCCUCUUCUGUGGUAUCUUCCUCUUCCAGUAUAAUUUCUCUGGGCUCUACCUGGUCUCACUGGUGGUCAUCCUCAUUGGCUUCAUCACCUUCAAUGCCGUGCCAACACCCACUGACCGCACAGAGCCCACCACCUCCUCCUCCAUCUGCGAGGAAUGUUACUACGAAAACCCUGUGGCUGCUCAGAAUGACAUCACCAAGCAGGAGGUGGCCGUGACAAUCACCACUGAGGGGGGCCAUUAUGAAGAGGAUCAGCAGGGGGAUGGAAAGAAGGAGAAGGAGUGGGAAGGAGAGGAUAGGAGGAAGAGGAGGAGGAGGAGAAGGAAGAAGAGACCUUCAUUGCCAUCACAAAGCCUCAAACCAGGCGAUGAUGUAGAUGUUGGACGCAGCACUAAAAUGUGAACUACAGCACGAAAACCUGUCAAUAUGUCAUAUGUAUUUAAAAAUAUGAAAUACGAAGGAGAAACAAAAAAGAAGACAUAUAAGAAAAGAAUAAAAAAAGGAAAGGAAAGAUACACAUUAAAACAAACUAAACAGUGGUACACAUCAUGUCUAAAGUUCUGUUGUUCAGGAGUCCUCCAACAUGUCCUGAGGGAAGUCCAGAAAUUCAUCUGUUGCAUAUGUUCAUUGUUACCAACAGAGAGAGUCAGCUGCCUGACAGCUCUUUUACCCACUGGCUGUAUUUUUUCUUCUGGUUAGUUACUUUUCGGAUUCAGAUUAUUAUUACAAAAUGUAAAUCAACUCAUGAAUUGUGAUUUAUCAUUAUAGCUACAUACAAUGACCUCCACCAUGUGUCGAAUCUUCACAUUGUCACUGACAAUUUUGUUUUGUCAGUGACCUACAUGUAUAGUUUAAACUCUAUCAGGAGGUUCCUUACAUGUUUCUUUUCCAUAAGAACCAUCAAGCACAUUCCAUCAUCUCCCAUGACAAUGGGAAUCCACUCCUUCCAAUGCAAGAGAGAGUACCCCAAACAGAUGAAACACGCUGUCAUUUAUAGAACAUUAUUUUAUUUUUUUCAAACCAGGUAAUGGUGAGAAAAGAGUACGAGUAAGAAAAAUCUACAAUCAGCCUUCACAGUGACGAUGUAACUGAUCUAAAUAGUAAUUUUAUAGAAAGCGUUUGCCAAGAUUAAAAAUCUUAAACCUAUUGUUCUUUUGUUUCUGCUGAUUCAUUUGAAUCUGUCACUCUAUUCAUUCAUACUUUUUGGUAAUUUGAAAUGGUGGGGAUGGUCCAGAGAUAUUUUAUAUUUAAAAUCAAUUGUAUUUUGAUUUUACAGGUAAUGCUGAUAUAUUUUGAUUGUUGUGUGUGCAUGGAGUGUUUUGUUUACUGUAAUAUUUGAUUUAUAUUGUCUAAUGUAGAAUAUGAUUUAUAUUGUGUAUAGUUGUGUUUAGAUAUGGUGCAACUACUUUUUGAUGACCAAUACAGUCAAUUUGAAACAACCCUUCUUUUCUUUUUCAUCAAUCUACAAUAGGUUAGUAGUGGAAAAAGACCAAAACCAACAAAACCUGGGGGACAAAGCCUUUGGGAUAUUAAUUGAACCUUUAAAAGGUUCUAUAUAGAACCAUUCUGUUUAGCAACAAAGAACCCCGGGGUACUUUUAAAUUUAUCCUCUGAAAUGGUUCUAUAGCCACCAUAUUCCUAGCCCCUAUGAUACCUUGUGUAAAUUAUGGGUGCAACUUCCGGCGCUGAACCAAAACCUACGAUUUUCAAUGGCAAAAUUGUGUUUACAGUACUCUAUUCUUCUUUCCAAGAGCAAUUGGGAAAUAAAAUGUGGAACACACCUUCUGUUAUAGCUCAAACAGGAUUAUGUGAUCAUACCUCUGCCAUCUCUGACAGCCAUCUCAAAGCAUUGUUUUGUUCUCCUUUUCAAUCAAGCACGCUAGCAAUUAGCUUGCCUUGCUCUGGUAAAAUAUUUAACAUUAACAUUGCAGAAUAUCUGCUCCUUCUAAAGAUGAUUUAUAAUUUCUUUUUUUAUAUAUAUAUUUUUUGGGGCAUUUUUUGCCUUAUUUGGUAGGAUAGUGAAGUGUGAAGGGAGGAGAGAGAGAGAGGGAGAAACAUGCAGCAAAGGGCCUCAGGCUGGAGUCGAUCCUGGGCCGCUGCGGCAACAGCCUUGUACAUGGGGCGCCUGCUCUACCACUAAGCCACCAACACCCCAGUUGAUUUAUGAUUUCUAAUGACUUAUUGAGAGGUACUAACACAUGUGGCAAACAUUUGACAUAAUUCAGUAUCAACUGUAGCUCCAUGUAAAGUGAAUAAAUGUGAUGUUUCCCAGCUAAUCCUCCGCUUGUC